AUGGUUGAACUUGAAAAAGUCUUCAUAAAGGAAGAGGUUGUUGAGGCUCUAAAACAAAUGGCCCCUUUAAAGUCUCCAAGACUAGAUGGUUAUGGAGCAUGCUUUUAUCAGGCUUAUUGGAGUAUUGUGGGAGAAGAGGUAGUAUUGGAGAAGAUGGGGUUUGCGAAAAGGUGGAUUAAUUUGAUGAUGAAAUGUGUGUCAUCUAUGAAUUAUUCUGUGUUAGUUAAUGCUUUGAUUAAUGUAGCUGAGAGGAUAGGGUUGUUAAGAGGGGUUGUUGUUUCUAGAGGGGGCACUAAAAUUAGUUAUCUACUUUUUGCAGAUGACUGUGUCAUCUAUGGGAUGGCCAAGCUAUCUGAAUGGCAGCAAAUACAAAGUUGA